AUGACCAAAGCUGCAACACUCCCUAUCAUCGACAUCUCAGCCGAAGGUAUAGACCAGGCCCAAGUCGCCAAGGAGUUGGUAGACGCCGCAAUUAAUUAUGGCUUUGUAUAUAUCAAAAGUCAAGAUAUUUCGGCUGAGCAAAUAGACAAUGCUUUCAACCUGUCACGCAUCUUAUUCGACUCGCCUCCCGAGGACAAGCAGAGAUGCAAGAUCGAGAAAAAUAAUCAGGGGUGGUCCGGCAUGCAUACCGAGACCUUAGACCCCAAAACUCAGAGAGUAGGAGACUUUAAAGAGGGCUUCAAUUUCGGCCCCUUUGUCAACAGCAAAGCCACACAACCCAUCCCACAGAGCAUCGAGCCGCAUCAAGCAGAGCUCGCCACUUUCCGGGAUGCGUGUCACGAGCUGUGCCGGAAGCUACUCUUACUCUUCGGCAUCGGAUUAGGAGUUAAUCCCCCGGAGUUCUUUUCCGCCGCGCACAAUCCCGCCCUGUCGUCGGGCUCUAUCCUGCGGUUCUUAUACUACCCACCGCCCAGUAGGACACCCGAGGCGCACCCCGAUGACGUGCGAGCGGGUGCGCACUCGGACUACGGGUCUAUCACCCUUCUGUUCAGACUACGCGGCCAAGCCGGUCUCGAGAUCCUCGAGCCUCACACCGGCCGUUGGGCCCCUGUCCCCGUCGAUCCGCCUAGUAGUAGCAAGGACGAGGACACCAUCGCCCCGCCGCCUAUUCUUGUCAACAUCGGCGAUCUGCUCUCGUACUGGACUAAUGGGCUGCUCCGUAGUACUGUCCACCGUGUCGCAUUCCCCUCAGCACCAGAGGCCCUAGCGAUCGGCGAGUCUACCGCCGAUCCGCGGUACUCAGUUGUCUACUUCUGCCACCCGGCCGACGACACGCUGCUGACGCCCGUUCCAAGCGAGCGCGUCAAGGCGGCAAGCGAAAGCGAGAAUGAUACUGCCCGGAACCAGGGCUUAGAUAGCAAUAGUAAGAAGGUCUUGACGGCGAACGAACACUUGCAGAUGCGACUGCAGGCGACGUAUUUGCAAAUGUACGGCAAAGACGGAGAAAAGAAGGUGACAAAAUAA